AUGAUCAUUAGUUUCAUCCUUUUUUCGCUAGUAAUUUUCACUCCUAUAACUACUCAGCCCUUGAUGCAAGAAGAAAGAUCAAGCAUCGAUGGCAAAUGGGAGCUAUUACAUGAAAAUAUUGGAAUAUCUCCAAUGCAUAUGCAACUCCUACACAACGACAAAGUGGUCAUGUUCGAUAGGACCGAUUUUGGCCCUUCAAAUAUCUCUCUUCCGUUAAACCGUUGUCGAUAUGAUCCUUUUGAUUAUGUGCUCCAAAAGGAUUGCACUGCUCAUUCGAUCCUCUAUGAUAUACGAGCCAACACCUUUCGACCAUUAUCUAUACGAACUGAUACAUGGUGCUCGUCUGGUGCAGUUCUGGCCAACGGGACCUUGGUUCAGACUGGUGGGUACAAUAAUGGGGACCAUACGAUCCGAACUAUGGUACCAUGUGACAAUGAAACCUGUGACUGGGUUGAACUAUCGGGGUACCUUAUGGAACCCAGGUGGUUUUCAACCGAUCAGUUACUACCAGAUGGACGGAUUAUUAUCAUAGGUGGGAGACGGCAGUUUAGCUACGAGUUUUAUCCCUCAAGUUCUCCGACUUUCUUUACGACUUUCUUCAAUUCUUCUUCUUUCUUGAUGGAUUUCCUUAGAGAUACAACUGAUGGUAUAACCGAGAACAAUUUGUACCCGUUUGUGCACUUGUUACCUGAUGGAAACUUGUUUAUUUUCGUGAAUGUCCGCUCAGCGGUGAUUGAUUACAAGCAAAAUCAUGUGGUCAAGAACCUUCCACCUAUUCCGGGGAAUGAUCCUAGGAGUUAUCCAAACUCUGGGUCAUCAGUUUUGCUUCCUUUAGAUGAAAACAAGUCGGUUGAACCUGAAGUCAUGGUAUGUGGUGGUGCUCCACGCGGAGCCUACUCAAAUAUCAAACACACACGUACAUUUGAUAGAGCGGUUUCAACAUGCGGAAGGAUCAAAGUGGCAGAUGAAAAUCCCAACUGGGAGAUGGAGAACAUGCCCAUUGAAAGGGUGAUGGGCGAUAUGGUCAUUUUACCGAAUGGAGAUGUAAUUAUCAUCAAUGGAGCAGGUGCGGGUACAGCUGGAUGGGACAAUGCCCGUGACCCAGUGACCCGGCCCGUAAUAUACCACCCGAAUGGGUCUCCAAACACCCGAUUUUCAGUGAUGCAACCUACCUCCAGAGCUAGGCUUUACAACUCGGUCGCAAUCUUGGUGACCGAUGGACGGGUUUUAGUCGCAGGAAGCAACCCAAACCCAUCUUAUAACUUCACAGAUGUUCAAUUCCCUACAGACCUAAGCUUGGAAGCAUUUUUACCACCUUAUUUAGAUGCAGAAUACAAUCGGCUUAGGCCAGAUAUUGUGAGUUUGGAUGCUGAAGUAAUGGGAUACAAGAAACCAUUAAUGGUAACAUUUACAGUGAAGGAGUUUCUAAAGCUAGCUAGGGUUACAGUAAGGAUUAUAGCACCAUCAUUCACAACACAUUCUCUGGGAAUGAAUCAAAGAAUGGUAGUGUUAAAGGAAGUUAGGAACGCGACAUUUAUAAAGGAGUCGUUAGUUAAGAUAUAUACCAUCAUGGUGGUCGGGCCAUCAACAGCGGAGAUUGCACCAUCAGGAUACUACCUAUUGUAUCUGGUUCAUGGAGGUAUUCCUAGUCCUGGCAUGUGGGUUAUGGUUCAGUAACUAAGAUAAUAUGUCUUCACUCUUCACCUCAGCAGUGUCCUUGCAUAGUUACAUUUUCAUAUCAUAUUAACAAGAGUUUUUGUACAAUGACUGUCUUGAUCAUUUAACUUAAAACUUAAACACCCUCUC